AUGACUAGGAGACCGCGGGUUUCGGAGGCUUGGGGCGAUGCCGUCUGCCGUACGUCGUGGCGAACUUCGCGCCGUACGCGCCGGCCCGCGUUUCUCGCCGUGCUCAUAGCCAUCGCCGCGAUCGCAACCAGCGCCGUACUUGGCGCGCAAGCCUCCAAUAAGCGCCGAGCCCCCUUCCCGCCCCCCCAGUCCAUUCCGCAAGCCGACGUUGACCGCCUCUUGCAGUGGCUCUCCGCGCCCCCCGUGGGCACUAGCGCCCCUUCCGCCUCCGCCAACUCCGCUAAUUCCGCCAAUGCCGCCGGUUCCGCGAGUUCCGCUGCCGGUUUCAGCACUCUCACGAGCUUGCACGGGAAUUUCGGGAGUGAGAGUAAAGGGGAUGCUAAUAUCGAGGAUUUCGUGAAGGAGGAGGAUGAGGAGAUACGGAGAUCGUGGAUGGAAUGGCCAGGAUCGCAACCCAGCAAGAACAACAUCAUCGCGUUCAUCGGCGACUCAAUCUCCCGAAACUUCCAGCAGUCCAUCUCGUGCCUGAUCGCGGCGCAAGUAGCAGUGGAGGACUGGACGGGCCACCUAGGCCCAGACUCAGUCAUCGGGCUCAAGAUCCCCUCGCACAACGUGCGCAUCCUCGCCUUCAUGACGCCCUUCCUCGUGCGUUACACCAACGAGCCGUGGGCCUUCGAGCUCUACGGUCUAAAACCCCCUAAAAAUCAACUGAUCAAGGGCGGGAACGGCGCGGGGCAGAGUUAUGUGAUCUGGACGGAUGUGCUCGAUUCCGCGUGGACGGUGCUGUUUCGGCAGCUGGAUGUUGUGGUGUUCAUGUCGGGGCACUGGUUUCUGCAGGCGCAGGGGAACACCGACGUGCGCGCGCUGCAGUUUGUGUCGAAUAACAAGCCCGUGAAUCUCAACGGGCAGGACGCGUACCGCGCUGUGAUCAACAGGGUGAAGAAAUUCCUGGACGUAGAGGCCAAGUUCAAGGGCAUUCCCAUGUGGCUUACCUACAGCCCGUCCCACUACCGCUCCUCCACGUACCCGCCUUCCUGCCCGGACUCCAAGCCCCUCUCCUCCGUCUCCCUCGACAACGCAGCGGUCCAGUUCCGAAGCAUCGAGCUGGAAAUGCUCCAAAACACGCGGUUCAGCAUGCUCGAUUUGACCGCCAUGUCGGGGUUGAGGCCGGAUGGGCACGUACAGAUGUAUUAUGGUCCGGUUAAGAACAGUAAGACUAAGUGGGACUGCCUGCACUGGUGCCUGCCGGGUGUGCCGGACGCGUGGAGCGAUGUGCUGCAGCUGGUGCUGCAGUCACGGCUGCAGACUGGACGCGUGGAGCGAUGUGCUGCAGCUGAUGCUGCAGUCACGGCUGCAAGCCAUCCUGCCCUUCUCGUACCCUUCUCAUACUAUCCUUCUAGUCGCAGUCGUCGCAAUCGUCGAAGCCCCCGUGCGUCGCGAUCCCCGCGCGUCGCAAUCAUGUCUCGCCGUCGAUCGCCACUAGUCUGGACGCCGUUUUGCGUGCCUGCGGCGGUCACCUUCCUCGUGCUUCUGCAAGUCGCCUGCCCUCCCGCCGCGCUAGUUCAAGGGGCGUCUACUGACACUGCGGUGUACAUCGUUACACUCCGUUCCGCGCCCCCCAUUAUCGCGUACAACGGCGGAAUACUCGGCUUCGCGCCCACCGCGCCCGAAGCCGUCGCCGCCGCCGCCGCCGCCGCUGAUAGCAGUAUGGAGGACGACGGUGACGGCGACGCGGCGGAAAGUUUAUCCGAGAGCGCGGCUUCCGCCACCGGCGGUGGCGGUGGCGGUGGCGGCGGCGGCGCGACCGCUAGACCAGCCGGCGCACGUCCCGCCAGCAGCGGUGGCGGGUGGCUAGGAGGCGUGAAGGACCGGCUAGCCGACAAGGCCCGGGAUCAGAUCGGCUGGUUCCAAGGGCAGGCGAAGCGAAUGCGAAAUCGGUAUCGGCCGCGGCUGAACGUGCGAUCGCGCGCUGUGCGACAAUUCGCGGAGCUGCUUCGACUGCAGCAGCUGUCGGUUGCAACGUCUGCGAAAAUCCCUCAUUCGAAUCUUCUCUACAGCUUCAAGUACGUUUCGCACGGUUUCGCCGCGCGGUUGACGCCGCAGCAGGUUUCGCAACUUCGCCAGAACCCAGCGGUCGAGUCGAUUCGGCAGGACGUGCUGUUUCGGCCGCUGACCAAUUACUCGCCCAACUUUUUGCAGCUGCCCGGAACAAUGUGGGCUUCCGCGGGCGGCCCCAAAAACGCCGGGGAGAAUGUGAUUAUCGGCGUGAUCGACACGGGAAUAUGGCCCGAGCACCCUUCGUUCUCCGCCGCAAAUACAAGCCGCUCGUUUUCCGCGCCUCCCGCGCGGUGGGCGGGGAGUUGCACGACGACGUCCGACUUCUCCGCGCGCCUGUGCACGAACAAGCUGAUCGGCGCGCAGGUGUUCAACGCGGGGUUCCGCCAGCGCUUCAAGGCGGAGAGCAACGCCGUCGACUACUCGUCCGCGCGCGACAGCAACGGCCACGGCACGUGGUGUGCGGGAGCGGCAGUGGGCAAUGUAGUAGAAGCGGGCAAGCUCGGAACCGUGAGCGGCAUGGCGCCGCGGGCGCACCUCGCAAUCUACAAGGUCGUGUGGACCAACAUGAACUCGGGCGGUUACCUCGCCACCAUGGUGGACAUCAACGCAGCCGUCGACAAAGCCGUCGCCGAUGGCGUCGACGUGAUCUCCAUCUCGCUCGGGGGAGCCGAUCCCAACGCGACGUAUUUCGACCACGUGAAUUAUCUGAACGUGAACAAGGCCGGCGUGUUUGUCGCGUUUGCGGCGGGAAACAGCGGCAGCCCGCCGUCAAGGGUGGUGUAUCGCACGAUCGAUAACUUCUCGCCUUUCUACAUGACUGUUGGUGCCAGUUCAAUCGCUCGCAGGGGCACAUACGAAAGCAGUGGGGAGUCCAACCUUCUGCGCAAGCUGCUCCCAGGAAUGACCAGCCCUUUCGACACUCCCGACUCCUCAUCCUCCUCCUCCUCUACCACUGUCGCUGCUGCUGCGGGCGCUGCGGAUGCUUCUACUGCUCCUGCUGGCAGCAGAAGUGUGCUCGGUGGAGCAGCAGGAGGAGAGGUGGGGGCUGGCACGGAUGCGAAUUCAAAUUCCUCCAGUAUCGAUGCCGCGACGACUUCUCUGCAAGUCGUGUUUGUCGAGGCACAGAAGGCUGCACGGACUCUCAAGCAACGUGCAAAUGCGCGAAUCUGCGCGCCUCUCUCCCUGGACCCCUCCAAAAUCUCCGGCAAGGUUGUCCUGUGCAACCAAGGAGGGUCAUCAAUCAAAGCCAAGGCUUGGGAAGUAGCAGGGAAGGGCGGGUACGCUAUGAUCGUGCUCGAUCCGCUGGGCCUGCCCAAGAAUCUCGGGUCUUUUAAGAUCGGCAGUCUGCCUGUGAGGCGCAUCGGCAUGAAGGAGACGGUGCAGCUGCGGUCCUUUAUGGCGGGCUCUAAGAAAGCACAACCCAAGGGAAUUUUCUCAUGGCUUCGAAAAUUCGUAGCAGCCAGCCGAGCCCCUGUAAUCGCCUCUUUCUCCUCCACUGGCCCGCUCAACAACCCUUCUACCAACCCGGAACCGGCCCCUCGCCCUUGCAACGACAUCAUAAAACCAGACAUCGUGGCUCCUGGCGUGGACCUAUGGUCUGCUGCGAAUAGCGAGCUCUCGAAUCGUUGGGACGCGCAAUACGCGCAGCUUUCGGGAACGUCCAUGGCUACGCCGCACAUCGCGGGGAUUGCCGCGUUGCUUGUGCAGCGGUACCCUAAUUGGACCCCCGCGCAGCUGAUGUCAGCAAUGAUGACAACGGCGACGACGAAAGACAACAAGGGGCAGGCGAUUCAAACCAGCGAGCACCAAUUAGCGACGCCAUGGGACAUGGGGGCAGGUCACAUCAACCCGCGAAAACUUCUCGACCCCGGGCUCACCUACAACAUCGCUUUCAAGGACUACCAGAAUUUUCUUGCCGGGCAGGAUUUGAAUCGGGCGAAGUUGCUCUGGCCUUCUGAGACGUUCGCUCCUACUUCUGCGCGAAAUCUCAACCGUCCGACUAUUUCCGUCGCCUGGCUCUCUGGAAGCGCAGUCGUGACACGAAAGGUUACAAGUGUGUUCGACCAAGAUGCUACGUACGUGGCGAAAGUGGUUUCGCCGAGGGGUGUGGACGUCGCGGUGGACCCUCAAAACUUCACCAUUUCGUCAGGGGCGAGUGUAACAUACAGGAUUACUUUCACUGUGUUGCGAACAUCGCCAACGUUCUCUUACGGUAGUUUGACGUGGGAGGACGAGCAUGACCACUCUGUGAGGUCCAUUCUCGCGGUCCAACCAAUCUCGCAGGGGGAUUGA